GGCAAGUCAAUUUUACGUCGGCCGCGUUGAAACUCACACAUACAGAUAGAAGGUCUUUGGAAAUUCAGUCCCUUAUUUUUCUUAUCAGCUUCUUUCUCCUUCCUACGCGGAUUCGCUCGAAUCAUCCUCAUCGUCACUUUAUCCCUUCCUUAUAUUACUUGGACGAUUCCAAGUUACUCUCUUUAUAACCUACUCUUUCAACAUUCAAAGCUUCUCACUUCUCACCCAACCACCCCCAAACUGCUUCGUAUUCAUUUGGGUCAAUGCUUUGCCGAUUCCACACCCAGAAAACAUUUUCCGGGAAAAUUAUGAUCGCCGCGACAAUAAGUCUUCUUUCCUUAGGCGAAUUGCACAUUUCACCGAUUAACCAUUUGGUUUCUUAAAGAUUUUGCAAAUUCCUUCGCUAACUCCGCGAAAUUCUGUAAACCCUAGGGGGGAAAAACUGAACUUUUGGAAUUUGGAUGGCUUCUGGGGUUAUAUUCUCGUCGCUGCGGCGUCGCCGGUCGCCGUCGCUAGAGGCCUUUCUGGCGCCGGUGGACCUUUCCGACGAGGCGCUCAUCCGGACCGUCGUUGCAGUCGCCGGCGACCUCGUCACUGGCUUCUCCGAUCACCGGUUAUCCUUCCAGCGCAAGAACUCUCGCUCCCUAAUCCGAAAGGUCGAGGUUUUUCAGCUUCUAUUAGAGUCACUGAGGGAUUCAAGUGUGAGUCUUCUCCCCACGGCGGCGCUCUGCUUGAGGGAGCUCUUUUUGGUGGUAUAUCGUUCCAAGAUUCUCCUUGAUUACUGCGCGCAAUCGAGUAAGUUAUGGCUUUUGCUUCAGAACCACUCUAUUUCCGGUCACUUCCAUGAUUUGGGUCAAGAAUUUUCGACCCUUUUGGAUGUUUUCCCUGUUAGGGCCGUUGACCUUAGCGACGAUGUUAGGGAACAGAUUGAGUUGAUGAGGAGACAGUCUAGGAGGGCCAAAUUGUUUGUGGAUAAGAAGGAUGAUGGCCUUAGAAUAAAGUUCUUUUCUUUUCUUGAGGCAUUCGAGAAUGGGAGGAUUCCUUGUUCUGAUGAAUUGAGGCGUUUCUAUGUUGAUGAGUUGAAGAUUAGUGAUGCUAGGAGUUGUAGGGCUGAGAUUGAAGCUUUGGAAGAGCAGAUUGUUAAUCAUGAGGGUGAUAUUGAGCCAACCGUUUCUGUGCUUAAUGGACUGGUGGCAAUGACGCGGUGUAGCAGGUUUCUACUCUUUCGGUUUGAGGAGGAAGAUGAUGACUUUGGUUUGGGGAAUGAGAAUCAGAAGAAGGCCAAGGUGAGAUUGGUUAAUCAAGAUGUCGUGGACAAGAUUUUGACCAUUCCUAAGGACUUUUGCUGUCCAAUAUCAUUGGAUUUGAUGCGUGAUCCAGUGAUAAUAUCAACAGGCCAGACUUAUGAUCGGAGUUCCAUAUCAAGGUGGAUGGACGAAGGGCAUUCUAACUGUCCAAAAACAGGCCAAACACUUGCACACAACCGGCUUGUUCCUAACCGAACGCUUAGGAAUUUGAUCGUGCAGUGGUGCAGUGCACAUGGAAUACCCUAUGAUCCACCAGAGGUAAUUGAUCCAUCUGCUGAAACUUUUGCCUCAGCUUGUCCUGCCAAAGCUACCAUGGAAGCCAAUAAAGCAACUGUGGCGCUUCUCAUUCAGCAGCUAGCUAAUGGGUCACAAUCUGGAAGGACUGUAGCUGCAAGGGAGAUAAGAUUGCUUGCAAAAACUGGAAAAGAGAAUCGUGCCUUCAUUGGAGAGGCAGGGGCAAUUCCUUAUCUUCGGGAUUUACUUUCUUCUCCUAACACGGUCGCGCAGGAGAACUCAGUAACUGCAUUGCUCAAUCUAUCCAUUUUUGAAAGAAACAAGAGUCGCAUCAUGGAUGAGGCAGGGUGCUUGGGAUCAAUAGUUGAUGUUUUGAAAUUUGGACAAACAACUGAGGCAAGGGAAAAUGCUGCUGCAACAUUGUUCAGUCUCUCUGCUGUCCAUGACUAUAAAAAAAGGAUUGCAGAUAAUGUCGGAGCAGUUGAAGCACUGGCAAGUCUGUUGCAAGAGGGAACCCGAAGGGGGAAGAAGGAUGCUGUAACAGCAUUGUUUAAUCUUUCCACCCAUACUGAGAACUGCGCAAGGAUGAUAGCAGCAGGAGCAGUCACGGGCUUAGUCGAGGCAUUGGGAAACGAAGGAAUUGCUGAGGAAGCAGCAGGUGCCUUGGCCUUGAUUGUCCGGCAGCCACUUGGGGCAAAAGCUGUGGUGAGUGAGCAAGCAGCAGUGGCUGGAUUGAUAGGAAUGAUGCGUUGUGGAACACCAAGAGGCAAAGAGAAUGCGGUUGCCGCGUUGCUGGAGUUGUGCCGCAGCGGUGGCACAGCUGCAACUGAAAGGGUGGUUAGGGUGCCGGCUUUGGCAGGAUUGCUUCAAACCCUGCUCUUCACAGGAACAAAGCGAGCGAGACGAAAGGCAGCUUCACUUGCAAGAGUGUUUCAGAGAUGUGAGAAUGCCUCUCUGCAUUAUGGUGGAUUGGGCCUAGGAUAUGCAUUGGCUAGUAAUUCAGCAUCAACAAGGGAUACAACAAUUUUUGCUGGUGAUGUUUCAGUACCAAUGUCCAUUUCUCUACCUGUAUUGUAGUGAUAAUACCCCAAUGUUUAUUAUGUUUCCCAUUAUUUUUUGAAGUCUUUACAGAUUCUUUCAUUGAAAUUUAGAAAAUAUAGGAAUAACAUGUACCAAAAGAAAACAAUGUAUUGUCCAAAAAAUAUAUAAUGUUCCAAAGAUGAAUUGAACCA